UGCUGACCCCUCUUCACAAAAAAAAGAAAAUGCUGACCCUGCGACGUCGUUCUGUCAUUCUCCUCGCGCUAGCUUCAGUUCUCGUGCUCGCCGCUCUUCCGGCGGCCGCGAUUUUGGCGCCGAGAUCGAAUUGCUACGUCUUCGACAACUCCAGCCGCCUUGUCGAUUUCACGAGCUGGAUUGGACAUGAUUUUGAGUAUGAAGGGAAGGAUGCUGAUUUAGUGGUCCGAUUUUGCAAAGAUGUCGAGAGUAGAUCACAAACGGGGUAUGUUGAUUUCGGUCGGUUUGACAAGUUCAACCACUUUGUUUCUGGUUCAGGGCACGUGGACUUUGUACAAGGGUUUUACAAUGGUGAUCUGGCGAAUUGUGAAUUGAGCUAUGAUAAACUGGGACGAACAGCUCAGGUAAAUAUUAUAUGCGGAAAUUGCUUAAAUGGACAAUGCACAGGUGGACUUGGGUGUAUCUGCAAUAUCACAUAUGAGUCGCCUUGCAAAGUCUUCCUUGAACUUGCAAUUCCCUGUGAGAAACCAGGUCCUCGAGUAUUUAAGGGGUUCACUGUUGGUUUCCACCCCAGGUCGUGGGAACUUGUUUAUGAUGGCAUGACUCAAUUGGGAUUUGAGAAGCCUCACCGCGAAUUUAGCUUUGGGACUCAACAGAUACAUGUAACCCUUUAUAUGACUGCAAUUGCUUCCCAGUCCACUUUGGUGCAAAAACCGAUUGUUAAGGUCUUUCCAGAAAAUGGACUGGACGUUAGGUUAUCAGGGUCAGUACUAACAGGGAGUCCUCCUACAACUUUAUCACCCACAAUGUUGAAUAUCGAUUGGAGAUGUAAAAAAACUCGUGAUACUCCAUAUGAAGUUAAUGUGACUAUCCCAAUAGAGGGUCAUGAGCCUGUCCAGUUUGUUCUUGCCAAAAUGUGUGAAUAUAGGCAGGUUCAAGAUGGAGACAGUACAAGAGAAUGGGCUAUAUUUGGAGUGUUGUCCUGCAUAUUCAUGGUGUCGUCAACUCUCUUUUGUUGUGGAGGGUUUAUUUACAAGAGCCACGUUAGUGGAAAGCGUGGUAUUGAUGCAUUGCCAGGCAUAACAAUUGUAUCUGCUUGCUUAGAAACUGUAACUGGAGCAGGGCAAAGCUACAGCCGAGCAGAAGAUAGUGCCUUUGCCAGUGAAGCUUCUUGGGAACAUCCUCCUGCUUCUUAUCAAGGAACACAGACGCCAGCAACCGAAAGAAAAUACGGUGCAUUUUGAAUGUUCUGUACCUGUGACAGUGAAUUGCAGCUUAGUUACUAGUGUGACACGUGAGGGUCUUGAAGUUUUCGAACCUGUUUUAGUGUUUUUGAAACCAAAUCUCAUAGCACGAUGUUUUAACAUUUCCAUGUAAUAGUGAUUUCCAAUGGAAAUCGAUGCAUACUCAUCUUCAGUCUUUCCUUGGUAGUGUAAAACAUGAUUGGGCAACUGUGAGCCGUUAGCAAAUGCUCUAACUUGUAAAUCACGCGAGUUUGUGAAUCAGACUUAUAUAUGAAGAAUCAGAACAUCAGAUGCCA